AUGCAGCAAAACAACAACAAAAACCCAUCAAUCUCACUCCACAACACUCACGUCAAGCUCCUCGCCUUCGACCUCCUAACCCUAACCCCACCCUCCUCCCCCGACCAACCCUUCACCCGCAAAUCCAUCCCCAUCACCCGCCUCGAAACCCUAGGAACCAUCACCCUCCGCGAUCACAAACCCUCUAAAUUCCUCCGUUUCUCCAUCGACGAUGGAACUGGUUGCAUCCCUUGUAUCCUCUGGCUUAACCACUUGACUUCCCCUCACAUCGCUCGCCGCCGUAGUCCGCAGGAUGUUUGUCUGCUCGCCGACGCUGCUGCGAGAUCUGCGGAGGUUGUGAAGGUCGGGGCUGUUGCUAGGGUUAGGGGGAGGGUUACGGUUUUUAAGGGGAGUGUGCAGGUUACUGUGACGGAUGUUGUUGGUGAAAGGGAUCCUAAUGCGGAGGUUUUGCAUUGGGUUGAUUGUGUUAAUUUGGCUCGUAACUGUUAUAAUCUUGUUACUCUUUCUUCUUAG